UAUAGAUUUUGUUCGGACAUGGCCGCGGUUUCGGCGAUACAACACUUGCAAUGUUUUGUAUAUUCAUAUUCAUUUUUUAUAAUGAAUAAGGUAUUUUAUACUAACAAGUAGUGUUUAGUUAUUUGUGUAUAGUGCUGUGAUAUUUGUAAUGGAUGCAGAGAGCGGAUAUGAAAUUAAAAGAGCUCGUGAUGCAAUUCAGAUGAUUGAGACCAUUCAGUCAAUGAUAGACGUUUCGGCUGAUAGACUGGAAGGACUGAGGACACAAUGCUCAACCAGCGCAGAACUGACGCAGCAGGAGAUCCGGACUCUGGAGGGCAAACUAGUGAAGCACUUUUCCCGACAAUUGGUGAUAAAGGCUAAUUUCGGUGAAGAGUUGCAGAGGGAACUUCGUGAUGUGCCCAGUUUGAGGCAGUGGCUUCGAGUCGUAGGCCUGAGCGUGGAUGCUAUUGAGGCAGUGUGUUCGCGCGUGUCAUCGCUUGAAGCGCUACGCGAUAGGUCAGAACAUGAGUUGAGAGCAAUUUUGUGCGGUGCUAGAGAUGAGGAAGUUCGCCGUUUGGGGCGGGCAAUGCAAAGGUUGCGAAGCUAUACAGAGGCCUUAGCACGUGGCGAUGGUGGUGUAGACUUACCCUUAUACUGGGACAGUUGGGAACAGAGACACGGAAGAGGCUCGCCACGAGCAAGGGAAGACCGAAAUCACAAGAAGAACGCAAAAAUACAAGGGAAUGGUGGUAAAUCACCAACAACCCCAGUGGGCAAACGCAAGCAGAACUCCCAUCUACCAGCGCCUGAUGCACUCACAAAAUCGCGAUCACACGAAUCGCAACUCUCUGUUAAACCUGAUGCCUCGGACCACAGCGACAACAGUCAGUCGUCAGCAGUUGGCAACACCGAAGGCUCUCCCCCGGCCUCGCCGAGGGAACCAGAAAUCGAAUACACGCAGAGAAAUAAUAACACGCACCAUGGAAGUCCCAACGUGGGCAUGGGCGGUCCCCGAUCACCCCGCGUGGGUAACACAGCUCCCAUGGGCCCUGUCAGCGUGGGCGGCUGCAUGGCCCACGAUAUAGCCCACCGCUUCACUAAGACUUUCAAUAUGAUUGCGACGUGCGAUUUCUGCGAUAAGCAGAUGCUCUUCGGAUCCGGUCUCAAGUGCAAGGAGUGCAAGUUCAAGUGUCACAGAGACUGUGAGAGCAAAGUGCCGCCAUCUUGCGGGCUGCCGCAGGCUUUUGUGAACGCUUUCAAGGAGAAGUUUCACAAAGACGGUAAGAAGUACAGGUUAUUUAAAGGUGGUUACUACAUUCCGUCUCCCAGUGCGGGUCGUGGGGUUGUGACGUCAGUGACGCCCACAAGACGAGCGAGGCCGCCUGCCCAGCAUCAUCACUCGGGUCACCCAGACUCUUCGUCGACAACUUCUUCGUGCAACAGUUCCACCCCGUCCUCCCCCGCCCUUGCCCCUGCACCCCCCACCCCGCAGAGCCACCAUCACUAUCAACUCAAUGCGGGUCGGAGGUUUCACUUUCCCGAUGUUAAACCGGCGAUAUCAAGUCCAAACCACACGUCAGCUGUCCAGUCUCCCGCAAGGACCACGGCUGACACUAAACAGGACCUUACAGCUAGUAUUAGAAGUGAGGGUUCGGGCCGCGUGUCCCUCAGCGGUUCCGGAUCGACUGACAGUAGUGGACCUGGGAGAGAUAACUCCGUAGACCUACCCUCACAUGAUGACAGAUGGCCAAGACAGAAUAGUUUGUCAAUGAAAGAAUGGGAUAUACCAUACGACGAAUUGAAACUAUACGAAGUAAUAGGAGCCGGGCGAUUCGGUACUGUGUACCGAGGGAGUUGGCACGGCGCUGUAGCGGUGAAAGUCUUACACGUGCACGCACUGAACGAUCACUGUGCGCCGUUAGAUACGUUUAAACAUGAGGUGGCAACAUUCCGUAAAACGAGGCACGAAAACCUAGUACUAUUCAUGGGCGCGUGUAUGAAACCGCCACGACUAGCAAUAGUGACGUCAUUGUGCAAAGGGAUGACGUUGUAUACCCACAUUCAUUUGAGGAAGGAUAAAUUUACAGCAAACAAGAGUGUAUUAGUUGCACAACAGAUAUCACAGGGUAUGGGCUAUUUACACGCGAGAGGUAUUAUCCACAAAGACCUGAAGACGAAGAACAUCUUUCUGGAGAACGGGAAAGUGGUCAUCACGGAUUUUGGGUUAUUUAGCGUCACCAAAUUGUGCUUUGGGAAUAAUGCCCGUGGAGACAGUUUGGGUAUUCCGUCAGGCUGGCUCUGUUACUUGGCACCGGAAUUGGUUCGCGCGUUACGACCUCACGCCUCACUUCAUCUACCUUUCUCCAAACAGACAGACGUGUACGCGUUUGGUACGGUCUGGUAUGAAUUGUUAUGCGGUGAGUACCCGUUUAAGGGUCAACCCGCUGAAGCUAUUAUUUGGCAAGUGGGCAAAGGGGCGAAACAAUCGCUUGCCAAUAUGCAGGCUUCUAGGGAUAUUAAGGAUAUCUUAAUGCUCUGCUGGUCGUAUAGAGAAAGCGAACGACCAGAUUUCUCUCAUUUAUUAUCAACGCUCGAGAAGCUUCCUCGAAAGCGUCUAGCUCGCUCUCCCUCACACCCGGUACAUCUGUCUCGCUCUGCCGAUUCCGUCUUCUGAGAAAGGCUGGCGGGCGCGCUUUGUGUUAGGCCCUAAUCAAAUUUAGAACCUGUUUACUACCUUAUAUAUAUGUGAUAUAGCCCUGGUCCUACUACAACAUAUACAUACUUACACCUUUAUUCAUAGUAUUUUAACUCAAUUAAAAUUUUGUCUCUUUCUGUCACGCUGUGAUGAAAAGAGACAGUUUAAUACUUAAGUCAAAAUGAUGCAGUAAUUAGACUGAUCAUGGACAAAAGGGUCUUUAUAGUAUUAUUGACUUCCUUGAGAAUAAACAUGCUCUGCUGUGCCACUGAUAAUUUUUUACAUGCUUGGUAACUCUGACCAAAACACUUUUUAUUCACUGGCAAUUGAGCCCACACAUAACCAGUGGUGGCAAUUAUAGAAAAAUAUUUGUUAUUCAAGAUUAAGUCCUUUGAAUGGAUUUGAUGUUCCCUUAUCAAGUGAAAAAUUUGUGGGUUCUAAAUAUUUUUUUUAAAGUAAAUUCACUUCUUUUUACUCUUCAUACUACGUUAAAAAAUAGGUGUUUUGGUCAAGUGGUUGAACAAUUUAUCAAUCAAAUUUUAAUUUAUAUUAUAAAAAUAAUAUCUUUUAUGUAUGUAUGAGAACAAGGCCAGUGUGAUCUAUACUACAUAGAAAAAACCUAUGUAUUAAAUUUAUCACAAAGAUAUUUUCUUAAUAUGAAUUUGGUUGAAAUAAUCAAAAUCUUGUCUGGGGUUCCCAUAUCACAAAGCGCGACGCAACUUGAACUUUAAUGAAUAUAUCUGUAUAUAGACGAUUUUUGGUAAUGAAUAACAAUAAUGUAUAUACUUUGGACUAAUAUCAUAUCUUUAGGUAAACGGGUAUUCGCUACUUACAUGAGUUGUAUGUUCUGAUCUCUACAAUUUUUUUUUUACUGUGAGUUAAUUUUAACUGUAACUGUAAAUAAUGUAAAGAGAUCUAAUUAAGUAUGCAAAUUUCUCAUUUUAUUAUUAAAACCAGGUUUCCGAAUUACAUUUAACAGGAAUAAUAAACAAUUAUGUUUACCUUAUAAGGCCCUGAAUUGUGUCCCUAGAAUAUUAAUAAUUGUAAAUAUAAGUGGUUUUAAAGUAUUUUGACUUGUUCAAUAAAUCUUUUGAAUGUAUUUUCUAUGUAAAUAUGCAUUAUUGUAAAAAUAGUAGAUGUAUUAUUUAUUUUUCUACAUUUUCUGUUAAGCAUUAUAAGAAAAGAUUUAACAUUAAUAUUGAAAAAAAAUAUAUACAGCAAUUAACGGGUCAUACAGUCAAAAUGAAAUCCUAUUUUUGUAAAAAUUAAAAAAAAACCAAUUUACAAAAUUAAUAGAAGUAUCACUAAAUAGGUUAUUCAACUAAAUUAUGUUUUGUAAUUUUUUUUCUUCUUUCUGCAGAAACUACCCACCAUUUUACAUUUUCAUUGGUAUUAUACUAUUAACUUUGACAUAAUCCAAGUAUAUUUGAAUUCAAGAGGCUUUAUUAUGAUCGAAUGAAAUAGUUUUAAUUGUAUACGUAGCUAAGUCUUCACUAUUUAUUUUAAUGUAAGUAUCUCCCAAAAUUGUAUUAAAGUGUAAAAAUACUAGUAAUGUAUAAAUUAGCUAUUAUUGUUAUUUUAUUUUAAAUUAUUAUAAAAUAAGAAAUUGAAUUCUGGUCACUCAGCUCCUAUUAUUAUAAAUUGUUGUAUAUUGAUAACAGAGUGACAGCCACAUAAUUUGUAUAUAGUGCAAGUGGCAAGGCUUGUUCAAUUAAAUUUUACAUAUUCCAUUUGAUUAAUGACAUGGUUACUUACCAGUUCUUACAUAUGUACCACCUACUUAUUUUUGUCAAGUGUGAUAUUUGGCAAAGUUUUUUUUUUCAAACAAUUUCAAUUGUUUUCACUGUAUAAUAAUUUAUAUUGUAUGUAUUAUUUUACAUUUCCCCCCCCCCCACCUUACGUAAGUUCUAUAGUAUUUUAGUAAUGAUAUUUUAAUGCUUUAGCAAACUAUAGUAUGAUUUAUUACUUACAUAAGUCAUUUAGUAAUUCUCAGACAGGGUUGAGUAAGUAACUAUGUUAGAAUGUACAGAAAUGCAGUUGAAUGCCUGAAAGUAGUUUUACACAAUGUAUUGAGAUUUCUGUUACUAGGUUAGUUGCAUUUGCCAAAAUAAAUCUCCCAUCACUGUU